GAGAUAAUCCAAUCACUGUCGCUCUGGUUUGUAAAUUUGCCCAAGAUCUGCCCAGAACCAGACUCUCAGUGUCCCCAAGGAUGGGGGCCACUGUGCACCCUGCUCUCCUCCUGCUGCUUGCAGACCCUGUGUUCUGGGCUCCAACCCGCGCAGGCUCACACUCGCUGCUGUAUUUCUACACCACCGUGUCCCGGCCCGGCCUCGGGGAUCCCCGGUUCAUUUUCGUGGGCUACGUGGACGACACGCAGUUCGUGCGCUUCGACAGCGACGCGGAGACGCCCAGAGUGGAGCCCUGUGUAGGGUGGAUGGAACAGGAGAGGCCUGAGUAUUGGGAGCUGCAGACCCAGAUGGCCUGGACUCAAGCAAAGCUGUCCGGUGGGAGCCUGAUGACCCUGCUUCGCUAUUUCAACCAGAGCAAGGACGACUCUCACACGCUGCAGGGGAUGCGUGGUUGCGACGUGGGGGCAGAUGGACGCCUGCUCCACGGGUACAACCAGCUGGGCUAUGAUGGAGAAGAUUACCUCACCCUGAACGAGGACUUGAGCUCCUGGACAGCGACCUUAGGUCAGAUCUCUCAGGGCAAGUUAGGAGACCACUUGAAGGACAGCUGCGUGGAGACGCUGCACAAACACCUGGAAAAAGGGAAGGAAGUGCUGCUGCGCUCAGACCCCCCAAAGGCACAUGUGACCCAUCAUCCUGGAUAUAAAGGUGAUGUCACCCUGAGGUGCUGGGCUCUGGGCUUCUAUCCUGCUGAGAUUUCCCUGACCUGGCAGUUGGAUGGGGAGGACCUGAUCCAGGAAAUGGAGUUUGUGGAAACCAGACCAGCAGGGGAUGGAAACUUCCAGAAGUGGGCAGCCGUGGUGGUGCCUUCUGGGGAGGAACAGAAAUACACAUGCCAUGUGCACCAUGAGGGGCUGCCUGAGCCCCUCACCCUGAGAUGGGGUGGGAGAGGAAGGAGCCACACUCAGGAAGAAGGCAGGAACAGUGGCCAGGACUCUGGUGAGACGGCCGUGGAUGAUGAGGAGAUGGUCAUUCUCUCUGGGGAGCCUGAGCCCUCUCGGAAUCGUCCAGACCACUCCUUCAGACUGAGUGAUCUGUCAUUCUGAAAAGGGUUUCUCCAUGAUUCAGUCCUGGCUGCCCUGUAACUCACUCUGUAGCCCAGGAUGGCCUCGAACCCACAGAGAUCCACCUGCCUCUGCCUGCCAAGUGCUGGGAUUAAAGGCAUGUGCCACCACCAUACAGCUCAGAAUGGAAUCUUCUGUUUUGUAUAUCACCAGACAUCUUCACAGUCAACUUGACUGGACUUAGAAUCACCUAGAAGCCGCCCCUCUGGAUGUGUCUGUGAGGGUGUUUCUAGCCAGGUUUAACCCAGGAGGAAGAAACAGGUUGACUGUAAGGUAGCUUCACUCACAGCUGGAGUCUGAAGAGAAAGCCAGCAGGACACUGGAGUCCCCCUUCCUGUGUUUCCUAACAGGACAUGAGCAGGCCAUCUCCUGCCACCAUGAACAGAGACAGGUCCCACUUUUCUGUCUUGAACAUCUGACACCUGUCUCUUCCCUAAGUGGCUUCUCAUCAGGUAUUUUUUGUCGCAGGGCACAGGGUUAGACACAAAGCUCCUUCCCCACAUCCAAGGCUUCCUGAGCAUCACUCCCUAAUCUUUUAGAGACUUUCACUCAGGCCAAACUGGGAUCUAUGGCUUUGGUGCGGAAAAGGAUUAUGGACUACUAGAGCUGGUGUUUAAUAAACAUGUUUCUAUUUGUUUUUAAUUUUAA